UUGUCACUCACAUGGAGUGAGUGUGGCUCUUGCAAUUUCCACUUUUCCCAAGCACGAAACCAUACCGACAAAUCCACCCUCUGACACUUCCUCAGAGCCCCCUGGAUCCGAGGCACUUCCCCCAUUCGCACGUGCCACAUGUACGAACCUCUCAUAUCGCACGCAGCAACCCACCACCUUCACCACCACCCGCAUUCCCCCACCUGAAAUUCCACUUCACAAACCAAACCUCAUACCCCCCCAACUGGCUCCUCUCAAUGUUCGCGCCGACCCGAACCUCGCAAUCCGAACCCGACUAAGGAUUUCCUGCAUUUCCGAUCAUAUCCGCGAAUUGGAUCCGACCCGUUUCCGGAGAUUACUCGGAGCUUCUGGAAGACGAAAAUGGAGUCGAUACUGGCGCGCGCGUUGGAGUACACGCUCAAGUACUGGUUGAAGUCAUUCUCCAGAGAUCAGUUCAAGUUGCAGGGCCGGACCGUACAGCUCUCCAAUUUGGAUAUAGACGGCGACGCUUUGCAUUCGAGCGUCGGGUUUCCGCCGGCGCUGAAUGUGACGAAGGCGAAGGUCGGGAAAUUGGAGAUAAUGUUGCCAUCGGUAAGUAAUGUAAAUUAUGAGCCAAUUGUUGUGCAAAUUGAUCGGCUUGAUUUGGUUCUAGAGGAGAACUCUGAUUUGGAGGCAUCUAGGAGUCCGAACGGUACCCCGACAUCAGUUAGCUCUGUGAAGGGAAGUGGUUAUGGAUUUGCUGAUAAGAUUGCAGAUGGAAUGACUUUAGAGAUUGGCACUGUCAAUCUUCUACUUGAAACUCGUGGUUGUGCUCAAGGCCAAGGAGGAGCAGCUUGGGCAUCACCUUUGGCAGCUAUCACUAUACGCAAUCUUUUGCUGUAUACCACAAAUGAAAAUUGGCAGGUUGUAAAUCUUAAAGAAGCGCGGGACUUCUUCAUUAACAAAAAGUACAUAUAUGUGUUCAAAAAACUUGAAUGGGAAUCUUUGUCAAUUGAUCUCCUGCCUCAUCCUGAUAUGUUCAUGGAUGCUAAUAUAGCCUGCUCCCGAGAGGAGGGGAACCAGAGAGAUGAUGAUGGUGCCAAGCGAGUUUUCUUUGGGGGAGAGCGCUUUAUAGAAGGAAUAUCAGGAGAAGCUUAUAUUACUGUGCAAAGGACUGAACUGAACAGUCCACUUGGGCUUGAGGUCCAGUUACACGUUACAGAAGCUGUUUGUCCUGCAUUAAGUGAACCAGGACUACGUGCUCUUCUACGCUUCUUGACGGGAUUAUAUGUCUGUUUAAAUAGAGGAGACGUUGAUCCAAAGACUCAACAGAGAUCUACGGAAGCAGCGGGACGCUCUCUAGUCUCUAUUGUUGUAGACCACAUAUUUCUCUGCAUUAAAGAUGCUGAAUUCCAGCUUGAACUUUUGAUGCAGUCGCUCUUAUUUUCACGGGCCAGUGUUUCUGAUGGAGAAGAAGACAAUAACUUGUCUAAGGUCAUGAUUGGUGGACUAUUCUUAAGGGAUACCUUUUCACGCCCUCCAUGCACCUUAGUGCAACCAUCAAUGCAAAGUGGUUCAAAAGAUCUUCUACACAUUCCUGAAUUUGCUAAGAAUUUUUGCCCGCCAAUAUAUCCUCUGGGAGAACAGCAGUGGCAAUUAAUUGAUGGUGUUCCUUUAGUAUGUCUCCAUUCUCUACAGAUAAAACCCUCUCCGGUUCCACCAUCUUUUGCUUCACAAACAGUUGUAGAGUGUCAACCUCUUAUGAUUCAUCUUCAAGAAGAAUCCUGUUUGAGGAUAUCUUCCUUUCUAGCUGAUGGAGUUGUUGUCAAUCCUGGUGCUGUUUUACCUGAUUUUUCUGUAAAUUCCUUCGUUUUCACUCUGAAGGAAUUAGAUCUUACUGUUCCUUUGGACCUGGGCAAAAUGAAUAAUCCUGUUAGUGACAGGGACAGUUACAUCCAGAGCUCAUUUUCUGGAGCAAGGCUUCAUAUUGAGAGCUUGUUCUUUUCAGAUUCACCUUCACUAAACCUAAGGCUAUUGAACCUGGAGAAGGAUCCUGCUUGCUUCUGUCUCUGGAAAGGUCAACCUAUUGAUGCUAGCCAGAAGAAAUGGACCGCUAAAACAUCACUCCUUAGUUUGUCUCUAGAAACAUGUACUGGCUUAAGUGGACUUCAAAAUUCUCUUGACUGGAGUUCAGGCUUGUGGAGAUGUGUUGAACUGAACGACACAUGCAUUGAAGUAGCUAUGGCAACUGCUGAUGGGAGCCCAUUAGCAGAUGUUCCUCCUCCAGGGGGUAUUGUCAGGGUAGGGGUUUCUUGUCAACAAUAUCUGUCCAACACUUCAGUGGAACAGCUAUUUUUUAUACUGGAUCUCUAUACAUUCUUUGGCAGAGUGAGUGACAAGAUAGCCCUUGUUGGAAAAAAUAAUAGACCAAAGAGAGGUAGGAAUAAAUCGUUUGGUGGAAGGCUGAUGGAUAAGGUUCCUAGUGAUACCGCAGUAAGUUUAGCUGUGAAGGAUCUUCAGCUUAGAUUUCUGGAGUCUUCUGCAAAGAAUGUUCAGGGAAUGCCCCUGGUCCAGUUUCUCGGGGAUAAUCUAUUUAUCAGAGUUACCCACAGAACCCUUGGUGGUGCCAUUGCUGUUUCAUCAACCUUACGUUGGGAGAGUGUACAGGUGGACUGUGUAGACACUGAGGGAAAGUUGGUGCAUCAAAAUGGCACGUUGUUAACUUGUGAUGAAGAUGGUCCUUUGAUUAGUGGGAAUGGAUACCCUCAAUUAAGAGCUGUCUUUUGGGUACACAACAAAAUGGACCAUUAUUCAAGCAGCAAUGCUUUUGCAGUUCCAUUUCUUGACAUAAGCGUGGUACAUGUGAUUCCGUUAGAUGAACAAGAUAUUGAAUGCCAUAGUUUGAGUGUGUCAGCUUGUAUUUCUGGUGUUCGCCUUGGUGGAGGAAUGAACUAUGCUGAAGCCUUGCUGCAUCGGUUUGGAAUACUUGGGCCUGAUGGUGGUCCUGGGAAGGGGCUAUCCAAAGGGUUAGAAAACUUACGAGCAGGGCCAUUUUCAAAACUUUUUAAAACAUCAUCUCUCAUUGUUGAUGAUCCGGAAGAGGAUGGAAAUUCAGGAGAUGCAAAAGAAAUUAGCUCGUUGCAGUUGGGAAAGCCAGAUGAUGUGGAUCUCACCAUAGAACUGAAGGACUGGUUAUUUGCUCUAGAAGGACCACAGGAGAUGGCAGAAAGGUGGUGGUUUGACAAUCAUGAAGGUGUAGGUAGAGAAGAGAGGUGUUGGCAUACAACUUUCCAGAGUCUGCGGGUGAAAGCAAAAAGUAGUCCAAAGCAUGAACUUAAUGUCAAAGGAAGGUCGCAAGAAAUUCAGAAAUAUCCUGUGGAAUUGGUCACGGUUGGUGUUGAAGGCUUACAGACUUUAAAGCCUCAGGGUCUAAAGGGCAUCCAUCCAUCUGUCUUACCCACAAAUGGUAUUAAAGAAACUGCUGAGACAUUUGGAGGGAUAAAUCUUGAACUUCGCCUGGUGAUAACUGAGGACUCCAUUGAUGAUGAACUAGGGAAGUGGGAGGUGGAAAACUUGAAAUUCUCUGUUAAGCAACCGAUUGAGGCAGUUGUUACCAAGGAUGAGUUGCAACACCUUGCUUUUUUGUGCAAGUCUGAAGUUGACUCUAUGGGUCGAAUAACUGCUGGAAUUUUGCGGUUACUGAAGCUGGAAGGUUCUAUUGGCCAGGCAGCAAUGGAUCAACUAAGUAACCUUGGAAGUGAUGGCAUUGACAAGAUAUUCUCCCCAAAGCUCAGCAGUGGUGGUAGUGGUGGCAGUAUUGGGUUCUCUCCAUUACCAAAUCUGAUCAAUGAAAGCCCACGUACAACUUCUUUGGAAGCAACGGUGGCUUACCUAGAGGAUGCAGUUUCAGAUUCACAGGCCAAAUGUGCUGAUCUUAUUACCGACGUAGGUGGUUCAGAAUCUUCCAUACAGCAUCUUGAGACCAUUAAACAACUGAGUCAGAAGCUUGAAAGUAUGCAAAGUUUAGUGAUGCGGCUACGGACUCAAAUUUAAUUUGGCCUACUGCGUGCCAUUUUAGGCUGUUAUAUUCUGGGAUAAACGGAAUCCCAAUCAUUAUAGUUCCCCAUUCUUUUUUGUAUAUAACAUAUAUAUAGAAAUCCAUGCGAGGCUGAAAAGGAAGCUGCUCUUCUGUGUAAUGAGAAAUUUUGUAUUCAAGGAUGACUUGCAUAUUGUAUUAAUUUAGAUUUGGAAGAAUAUGGUGUUAAUGAGAAAUUUUGUAUUCAAGGAUGACUUCCAUUC